AGACUAACAAAAUAUUUGAUUUGUUAUCAUGGGCUUUGAUUUGUUAGUAGUCCUUGCGCCUUUGAGCCACAGGAUGCUCUUUCAGUGUCAACAGAGAUCAAUCACCUUUGUUUUGAGUCUUGUAAAUAAAUGACAAACACUUGUUCAUGCUAUUUCCACAUACUAAAACUUUUUGUAUUUUGCCCUGGGAGGUUAAGAAACUGUUGAAUCCUGUGUUAGAAGUUGCCCUGACUAAACACUAGAGGGCAGAGUGGUUCCAUGUACAGAUACCUUCUACUCAGAUUUGAUUGUGCUGCUUAUAUAAACAGGUUCUACAAAGUAUGUUUUUGUGUUGUAAUGGAUACUUUGUUGAAUGCACAUCUGAAUAUGUGCUUCUAAUGAGUCUUUAAUUGCUGUUCUCACUCUCUGUUCUCACACUCGGUGUUAAAAGUAGGAUAAAUAUGGCCACACUCUCCCAUCACAGCGUCUUUGAUGAAAGAUGUCAUCCUUCCUUUUGCAUAUCAUUAUUCCAAGCACAGCUGCAGCUUUUCACAGAUGGACAAACUGUACCCAUAACAACCCAGUAACUUCUGCUCAGACACACCCAAACACACACACACACACACACACACACACAUACAACUUUGUGACUGGGCCUGCAGCCUUGACAGUGAUCCCCCUGCACAUGUGUGCAGGAAGGAGCGUCUUCAGUUACUGCCUGUGCACACACAUGAGUUUGAAAGGUUAUUUUGGGCUGCAGAGGUACCACUGUAACCCAGAGCUUUGAGUGAAAUAAUAGGAGGAGUCAGGCUUUUACCCUCCUACUCUGCCCCUGUGUGCCAUUCUCCAUGUUUACUGACAGGGGAUUUCCCUCCAAACAAGAGGUUCCCUGGCACUUUAUGCCACAGCAUUAGGUUGGAUCUUCCUUUUGUUUGUUUUUUUUUGAAACGAUGGACAACAGUCCUCUGCAAGUGUUGACCGUCCCUACAGCCCCCUACCCUGACCAGAGACCUGGGACCAGUGGUCUAAGGAAAAAGGUCUUCAUAUUUCAGUCCAGGAGAAACUAUCUGCACAACUUCAUCCAGAGCAUCUUCUCGUCCAUUGACCUACGGGACCGCCAAGGUUCUACAGUAGUGGUUGGUGGAGACGGGCGCUUCUUUAACCGAACAGCUAUUGAGGUCAUUGUGCAGAUGGCAGCUGCCAAUGGGGUGGGCCGUCUGAUUAUUGGACACCACGGGAUUAUGUCCACACCGGCCGUCUCCUGCGUGAUCAGGAAAUGCAAAGCCAUCGGUGGCAUCAUCCUUACUGCUAGCCAUUACCCCGGUGGACCUGAGGGAGACUUUGGCAUUAAGUUCAAUACUGUGAACGGAGGACCAGCCAAGGAGGUUGUCACAAACAAGAUUUUUCAAAUCAGCAGAACCAUUGAGGAGUUUGCCAUCUGCCCUGGACUUCAAGUGGAUCUGACAACACUAGGAAAACAGAUGUUUGAUCUGGAGAACAAGUUCAAACCCUUCACUGUGGAAAUUGUGGACUCGGUGGAAUCCUACGCUAACUUGUUGAGGAAUAUCUUUGACUUUGCGGCGCUGAAGGAGCUUCUCUCGGGAGAGAACCACAUCAAGAUACGACUAGAUGCCAUGCAUGGAGUGGUAGGACCAUACGUGAGGAGAAUACUGUGUGAGGAGCUGGGCUGUCCUGUCAACUCUGCCAUCAACUGUGUCCCAAUGGAGGAUUUUGGUGGUCAACACCCAGACCCUAACCUCACCUAUGCUACAGAUCUGGUUGAGAGCAUGAGGGAUGGACAGUAUGAUUUUGGUGCAGCUUUUGAUGGAGACGGGGACCGUAAUAUGAUCCUUGGCAAACAUGGCUUUUUCGUCACACCAUCAGACUCUGUGGCCGUGAUUGCUGACAACAUCUUCUGCAUCCCAUACUUCCAGCAUACAGGGGUGAGAGGCUUCGCCCGCAGCAUGCCCACAAGUGCAGCCUUAGACAGAGUAGCCAGAGCAACAAAAAUAGAACUGUAUGAAGCUCCCACUGGGUGGAAGUUCUUCGGGAACCUGAUGGAUGCAGGCCGACUGUCUCUCUGUGGAGAGGAAAACUUUGGUACAGGUGGAGACCACAUUCGGGAGAACGAUGGGCUUUGGGCCGUGCUGGCAUGGCUGUCCGUCUUAGCCACCAGACGGCAGAGUGUGGAGGAUAUUCUUAAGGACCACUGGAAGAAAUAUGGAAGAAAUUACUACACCAGAUACGACUAUGAGAAUGUAGACAUAGAUGCAGCCUGUGAGAUGAUGGAGGAUUUGGAGAUCAUGAUUGCCGACAAGUCCUUCUCAAAACAGAGAUUUGCCGUGGAGGACAAAAUCUACCAGGUGGAAAAAGCGGACAACUUUGAGUACACAGAUCCAGUCGACAGCACCAUCUCCAGGAACCAGGGUUUGCGGAUAAUCUUCUCUGAUGGCUCUCGAAUCAUCUACAGACUCAGUGGGACAGGUAGAGAUGGGGCAACAGUUCGCAUCUACAUUGACAGCUAUGAGAAGGAGCAGAUUUUUGAAGACACACAGGUGAUGCUGGCACCACUGGCAACAAUUGCUCUGAAGAUUUCCCAGCUCCAUCACAGGACAGGUCGAAGUGGCCCUUCAGUUAUCACAUGAUUCCUUACAUGACUCUUACUUUUACUCCAUCGUUGCUAAAGUGAUGCCCUUUUAUCUUUAUUCUCUUUCCAGAUUUUUGUAUGAACUGAGCUUAAAUUCCAUGUAUGGCUGCACAACAUGCUUUGGUUUGCAUUUUAGGUUGAAUUAUAUCCAGUGACUGUCUCUGUAACACAUUAAACAGCCUUUUAUUUUUGGUUUAA